AUGGAGCACAUUAUUAACGUGACCGAGGUCCGAAAGGCCGAAGCUGCAUCAGGCCAUCCAGUCGAGCCAAGGACACAGGACAAGAUUGGCUCUCCGGCGGUCUCCCAAUUCAGUCAGGACUACUCUCUGCUCCAACCAAGCACCCCGGAGCCAUGCCUACAUUCCGGACAGGAGCUCCAGUCUUCUCCUGUUGAAAUCCGGAAAAUCGCCAAUCCUGCUCCCCUAGGCCUAUGUGCAUUUGCACUCACAUCAUUCCUCUCGAAUUGCAUCAACCUCAAUGUGGGAGGCAUACAGGCAGCUGGUGUCAGUGUUUCUCUUGCCUUGAAUUAUGGCGGCAUAGCGCAGGUGUUGGCUGGCAUGUGGGAAAUGGCCAUUGGAAAUACCUUUGGAGCGACAUCCUUCUGCUCAUACGGUGCCUAUUGGAUUACUUUUUCUCUGAUCUCGACUUUCGAUACUGCCGAUGCUACAAAGAAUAUAGCAGACUCAGUAUGUCAGAAUGAGACAUUAAUGGGCCUGUUCAUGCUGGCCUGGUUCAUUUUCACUACACUGAUGCUCGUAUGCACGUUGAGAUCUAGCCUUGCAAUGUUCUCUCUGUUCUUUUUCCUGGACAUGAACUACCUCCUACUCGGCAUCUCGCACAUUCAAUGCAGCUCUCAUGGUGAGAUGCUUAUUGCAGUUCAGAAGGCAGGCGGUGUCUUUGGCCUUUUGGCUGCGUUUUCGGCUUGGUAUAAUGCCUUCGCUGGUAUUUGUGAUCACAGUAAUGGGUUCUUAACGGUUCCCCUUGGGCACUUUCCUUGGUCUCCGGCUGCUCUUCAUCGGGCUAAAGCCAAAGAGGUAUGA